GUGAAAUUGCGUUAAAACUCUCAGUUGUUGGAUUCUAAAGAGAAAGUUCGGGACUUUCUUGCUUCAUUUACUCAUCUUUCUUAUCAUAACUAAAAUUGGCUAAAAAAGCAAAAGACUUUCCUUCUGAAAAAAUGGUGAGGCUGAGAAGACUUACCAUGAACAGAAGUUUCAACAGAGAAAAUCCAGAUAUUUUGAUUGUGAUGAUUGCAGAUAAGCGGAAGAUAAGGGUUGGCAAGGAGGACAAAGGAGACCAGAGAGAGAACAGUAGAGAGAUGGGGAUGGGCCCUCAAAAGCCUGUAACAGAAAUGAGUGGUACUGGCAACAAAAGAGUUAUGUGUGUGUUUCCCUCUCUCUUUCUCUUUGUUUUUAUUGCUCUGUUUUGUGACUUUUCUCUCUCUAUCUGAAUUUAUGGGUCCAAUUCGUUCAUCCCCAUUUCUCUGCAGAAGCUUUUGGCAAGUUUUACCUUUAUUUUAUUGAUUCUCUGAAAUGGGUGUCCUUUAUUUCCAAAACCCAUACGUGGUUUGAGCUAUAAAACUUGUGGGUAGGGAAAGAGAUGAUGAAAAUUAUUGGCCUCUGAAACUCUGAAUUUCAGUUUCUUUUUGGUUGGAUUCUUCUGGGAAAAUCCCACUUUUCUGAUCAUGCAAAGAAAAUGAACCUGCAAUCUGUAUGGGGCUUUUCUUUUUGGGGGGUGUGGUUUAAGAAAGGUAAGCAUAAUGAUUAAUGCACGAGUCCUUGUUUUUCUUUUUACACAGAAACAAAGUUGUGUACCACAGUUUUUUAAUGGGUUUUGACUAGUCUUUUCUUUUGUGGAUAAAGAUAAACCAAUGAUUUCAUGUGAAUUUUGGGUUGCUGUGGCUUGUCUUGUGCUCUUUGUCUGAACCUACACAUAGGAUCACUCUCUCUUUAGGUUCUCGGACUCAUUUCUCUUUUCUGAUUUGAGAAAUCCCAUGAACCUGCAUAAAAAUUCUUAAUUCUACUGUUUUGCUUUCUGCAAUAUUUUGGGUGAGAAAAUUCAAAUUCUCAAUGGCUCGUGACUGAAAUGAAUGCAAGGUUAAUUUUAUUUGAAAAGUGUAAGGAGAAUGGUCAGAAUAUAGAUACUACUGGCACCAGCAUCCAAAUUAGCACAUUCUUCCUUCUCUGAUCUCUGCUGAAACAUAACUGGGUCGAUGAUUCAUGCAUAAUAGCAACAUCUAAGUGAUUUUGAAGCUAUUUACGUCAAUUGCUAUGUGAUCGGUUGGUCCAGUAAUGAUGGAGAAUCACUAUGUUCCAAUAGAUAUGGCCAGCAGUAAUUUGUUUGUGGUAUCCGGGGUCCCAUCACAAACAACCCCCAAUUCACUGAUGGAAUUUGGCUCGUUCGAUCGUAACAACCAGAGCCAGGCAUUAUCUGGACAUCCGGUGAUCUCAGAUUUGCAAUCUGGGUCUGUCAAUGAUCUCCAUGCAAAUAUUCAAAUGACAGAAAGAGCUGGUGUUUUUGACUCAGAUGCAUUACCUGCAUUGCUUGGAAGGAAUAUUGUGGGACAAGCUUCCCCUUGCAGUUUGAAUCCCACCAAUAACACCGGCUUCCAGCAGCAAUUCAUGAGCGGAACACCAAUUUCUGGCUCUUCACUUGCCACCCUUUUGGCUUUAAGAAGUGAUGUUCAAGAAGAUCUGAACAACUUGUCAAUUUAUUCACCUCCAACGUUUCCUCCACAAGCGCUAAGAAAUUAUGAUUGCUCUGAUACUGCAAAUCCUACAUUGGACACCCAUGUGUACUAUUGUUAUGGUGAAGGUCAGGACAAGUUUCCUAACACCUCAGAGGUUACCGGUAAGACACUGUUAAGCCCGGGCUUUGAAUCAUAUUCAUCUAUAGGCAACAUGGAUCUAAUUGGCUGGAUACCUUCAAAUGGUGUAAAUGUGGAUGUAGAUAAUCCUUAUGGCUCAUGUAAAUAUAAUAAUGAGCGUUCUUUGAGUCUUGCCACUUCCCAGCCUUCAAUCAUCAGUGGAACUAGCAUCACAGAUCAUUGCUCGGUGGUAAGAUGUUCUGAAAUGACACGUGGUUGCUUGGAAAGAACAAGGUUGGGCUCAGAACAGACUUCCUGCUGCGGUAAGGAGCUCUCUCUAAGUUUCAGUUCCAACCGUACCACUCAGUUCUCCCAAGUGAGAUCUGGAUCAAGAUAUCUUGAUGUAAUUCAGGAAAUACUUGCUCAAAUUGCGAGCUAUUCGCUACAAAAUCUGGGGCACAAGAGAUUCUCUACUGGUGGAAUCAGGGGAGGGGAAAGUGCGCCAUUCUCUUCAAGUUUCUCAUUCGAGGGAGGGAAGCCCUUUAUGGGUUAUGACGAAUAUCCUGAUGCAAACAGCAUGCUUGAGAUUGAAAUGGAGCCAGCUGCCCGAAGACUGGCAGUCGAAGUAAAGAAAAACCAAUUGCUGAGUAUACUACAAGUGGUUGACGAUCGAUACAAUCAGUGUUUGGACGAGAUCCAUACAGUCGUAUCUGCAUUCCAUGCUGCGACUGAACUAGAUCCACAAGUGCACGCUCGUUUUGCCCUUCAAACAAUCUCAUCUCUAUAUAAAAGCCUAAGAGAGAGGAUCAGCAACCAAAUCCUUGCAAUGGGAGCGCAUUUUGAUAGUGAAUCCAUGGUAGAAAAGGGAGUAUCUUUUGAAACUUCUUUCUUCCAAAAGCAAUGGGCUCUCCAACAGCUGAAGAGAAAAGAUGAUCAAAUAUGGAGACCCCAGAGGGGCUUGCCUGAAAGAUCUGUCUCAGUUUUACGGGCAUGGAUGUUUCAAAACUUUCUUCACCCGUACCCGAAAGAUGCAGAGAAGCAUUUACUAGCAGUGAAGAGUGGAUUGACAAGAAGCCAGGUAUCGAAUUGGUUUAUAAAUGCUCGUGUUCGUCUAUGGAAACCAAUGAUAGAGGAAAUGUAUUCAGAGAUGAGCAGAAGAAAGGCUCUUGGAUUCAACAAUUCAAUGUGAAUUGAAGCUGAGAAAGAAAUGCAUUGGAAAACCUGGACCAUUUGUUUCUUUUAUCACUUAAUAGGAAAGGAAAACGCAUCCAGUCAUCCACAAUAUGGUUCUAAACUUGUAAGUGUACAUAUACUGCCGAAUUGGGUGGUCAGGGGGUGCUAGUUACACUAGCAAUUAUUACUUGUAUUAGCAUGAAUUAAGGUUUUAAAAGAUCAAUCAGAAGCUCUACAUGAUGUUUUGCAA